AUGACAUUAAAUGAACAUUACUUGCAUUGUUCCAAAAUCAAAACUCACGCAGACGAGAUAGCCCAGAAAUGGCAGAAGCAGAAUUUCAAUCAGAGAUCUGGGAAGAAGAUGAAGAAGACGAAGAAGCAGAAAUAAUGCGGCAACUGAGAUCAAAAGCUACAAAGCUUCUACUCGGAGAAGAAUGGAGCGAAUGCAUCCAUGUAUAUUCUCAGUUCAUUUCUCUCUGCAAUUCCCAUAUCUCCAGACUCCAUCUAAACCCUAGCUCCGACCGCCUUUCCAAGCUCAGUAAAUCCCUCUGCGUAGCUCUCUGCAAUCGGGCUGAGUCUCACUUCCGCCUCCGCCAAUUCCAACCCGCCUUGCAAGAUUGCGACGAGGCGUUGAAGAUCGAGAACCCCAAUUUCAAGGCACUGCUCUGUAAAGGUAAGAUCUUUCUCUCCCUUGACAGGUAUACGCUAGCCUUGGGUUGCUUCAGGGAAGCCAAUCUGGGUGUUCACGAUGCCGAGAACGGCGAAAUCCUCAAUGGAUUCCUAGAGAAAUGUAAGAAGCUAGAGAGUUUGUCGAAAACAGGCGGGUUUGAUCUCUCGAAUUGGGUCUUAAAUAUCGAUAAGGUUCCUGAUCUUGCAGAGUAUUUAGGGCCAGUAGAGAUCAAGAAAUCCGAGAUUAGUGGGCGUGGCUUGUUUGCAACUAAGGAUGUCGAGUGUGGGACUUUGUUUCUGGUCACUAGGGCUGUUGCUAUUGAGAGGGGAAUAAUGUCCCAAAACCUUGAAAAAUCCCAACUAGUAAACUGGAAUAAUUUCACUGAUAAAGUUCUUCAGUUAGCCUCAAAAUGUAACCGAAUCCGUGAUCUGUUAAGUACUCUGUCUAUUGGUGAGAAUGAAGAUUCUCUUGAUGUCCCCGACCUUAAUCUAUUCAGACCGGGAGCUGGAUAUAGUAGAUUUCCAGGCCAGAAUCUUGACAUGGAAAGAAUUUUCAAUGUAUUAGAUGUGAACUCAUUAGUUGAACAAACAAUUUCUGCCAAGGUUUUGGGUAAAAACUGUCACUACCAUGGGAUUGGCCUAUGGCUAUUAACAUCUUUCAUAAAUCAUUCUUGUGAACCAAACACGAGACGUUUCCACGUGGGUGAACAUGUCUUAGUUCAUGCUUCUAGAGACAUAAAGACAGGAGAGGAGCUCACAUUUGCCUACUUUGAUGUACUUUCACCCUAUAGUGCCCGAGAAGUGAAGUCCAAAGGCUGGGGGUUUGUUUGCAAAUGCAAAAGGUGCACAGUAGAGAGUGUUUUGUAUUCGAACCAAGAACUGCAAGUGAUUGAAGUGUUAUUGAAAAAAGGAUUAGAUAUGGGAGAACUGGUUUAUAGAUUGGAGGAUGGGAUGAGGAGAUGGAUGGUUAGGGGAAGGGUGAGAGGGUAUUUAAGGGCAUCAUUUUGGGGAGCUUAUUCUGAAGUUCUUGUAUCGGAGAAGUUGAGGAAGAAGUGGGGAUGCAAGAUUCCGCCAAACGAGACUUUGGUGGAUAGCCUGGUGAGUGCUGUGGGGUGUGAUGAGAGGAUUGUGAAGGCAGCAGGGUUUGGAGGACAGAAGAGAAACAUCAAUGGCCAUGGUGGGGGUUGCGAGAUUUUGGAUAUGGAUCGGAGGGCAUUGAAGCUGUGGAGAGGGUUAUAUGGAAAGGUCAUGAAGAAACAAGCAUUGAAGUAUCUUCUGAAGCUUGAACUGCUUGAUGGCCGUUCGUAAACAAAAGUAAAUCCUUUUAGAUAAUGUAACCAUUGUUUCAGAAUUUCAAUAGGUUUGCUGGCAAAUUCUUUUGCUUGAUUAGUUUAUCUUUUCUCUUACAAUUCUUACAUUUUGUUUUUGUAUUUCUGCUGAAACACUUUAAUCAUGUGAAUAAAAAUGUUGCAUUAUAUCAGUUCACUUUUACUUGAUACUCUCAUUUGAAGAGGAUGUUUAUUACUUCCUCUACUCUUUUCAUCUAUACUUUCCAACUUUUUAUAUAUUUUGCCUUCUACUAUACUUUUCACUUUUACAAGCCCAAAUUCAGUUUCACAUGAAUUAAAAAUACAGUUGUAACAUUAGCCAUAGACAUUGUAGCAAUGACACAAAAAACUUCGCCAACAAUGAAGAUAAACAUAUGAAAAUAAAACUAUAAGGCAUUGUUUGAUAGCUAAAAGUUGCUUAUUCUGUUGUUGAACAAAAAGAAGAUGAAUAAUCGGAUUAAGGAGAACUUUUUAUUUACUAAUUUGGCUGAAAUAGACGUUAACAAACACUUUUUCUUUCAAAUAACACUUAUCAAACGACUAAACAAGCCCUUCAUAAGAGAGUAAUCAAUCACGACUGUUGCAGGAAUGAAUUGAAACCAGGCAUUUAGUUCAGUAGACAAAUCUAAUGCAGGUUUGCAAAUUUCCUCCUAAUAUGGGAUUGAAGCAACCAUCCCAUAUGCAGAAAUUUUAAAGCACCAAAACAUGAAACAUAUGUAUGAUAUAUACAUAUUGAACAUUUUUUACUAAAAAAAUUGUCUGCUGUAUUUAAUUAUGUAUCUCGUAUUCAAUAGUUCUCAUAAUGCUCUUGAUGACUAAUGAGAUGGUGGCAGAUAUUUAUGAAGCAUAAGCAGGGAGGGAAGACCUCAUUUCCUAUAAAAUUUACCCAGUGAAUGUAUAUUUUGGACAAAAUUGUAUCUGAUUACAAUGUGAGAUACAUGUAUAUUGGAUGAUCUUCCAGUCUUCUCAACCUUUUCUGAAGGUAGUUUUUUCAUGAGUUUGAAGUUGAUACCAUUUUCCAGAUAAUCAUAGAUCUAACAUGCAGAUAUAAGAUCGAAAUGUGCACGGCCAAGAACGCCUGGCCGAUCCAUCAAAACAUUUAUACAUAAACAAGUAGAGUCGUAGAGAAGACAUCAUGUCUUAUAAAAUUCACCCAAUAAAUAUUUUGGAAAAAUUUGUAUAAAUCACAAUGUUAUAGAAAUAUAGAAUGAACUUACACUCAUCCUAAAUAAAAUCUUUCCUGGAGGUAGUUUAUUCAUCAUUUUGAAGCUGGUAAACAUCAUUCUCGACCAUUUUCCAAAUCAUCAUAGAUCUAACAUGCGAAUAUGAGAUCGAAAUGUAGCCAAGGACAACUUGCCGAUCGAUAUGAUCAAAACAUUUAUGUGGGCACUCUAAUAAUGCGUAAACUCCACACUUGUUUUUCUUAUUCUAUCGGCAAAUCAUCCUUGGCUGCAUCUCACAUUAUUCUCAUAUCAACAUGCAAGGUCUAGGAUGAUUAUUAUGAUGAUCCUCAUAAGAUGUUUUUCCUUUUUCAUUUUGUAGUUUCUCUA